UUAGUGUGUUGUCACCGCCGGGAGGUGUGAGUGAUGAUGGCUGCUUACCAGAAGCCCUGUGUAGUCAGCAGAAGGGGCAGCAGGGACAGGCAUGGGGUGGCAGCUGGUUCCCUGCAAGAUCUACUGGAGAAGGCCUGCAACCUGUUUGGAUUAGAUGCUACAGAAACCCCCAUCUCCCUCGUCCUAGCAGAAGAUGGUACUAUUGUGGAAGAUGAAGAUUAUUUCCUCUGCUUACCGCCUAACACUAAGUUUGUGGUGCUGACUGGCAGCAAGAAAUGGGCUCCUACUGUAGUAGACGGCGGCACAGCCUGGCUGGCGAGAGCCUCAGUAAGUAGUUUUGAGGAAGUGGAUGGCGCAGAGAUACCGUUGUGGAAAAAGUCGGCGAUGCAGCUGAGGGAGAACCUGUCAAACAUCAUUCUUAUGUCAGAGUCGGACCUACAGACCUUGAUAAAUGUACCUGCUGGAGAGAUGGCCACAGAGCUUGGCACAGAUCUACUGAUGGUGCAGAAGUUGCAGGACACGCUUCAGGGCGUUCUGGAUCGCAGAGAGGAGGAGCGUCAGUCUAAACAGCUCUUAGAGCUCUAUCUGGAAGCCGCCAAGGAACCGGGGACAGAAGAGCGAGCAAUAACUGAGGUGGACUCCGGCAGAAACAAACCGGCCCAGCCUGAGCCCAGCGGCCCAGUUCAGCUCUCCAGCCAAUUAAUUAAGACAUUAAAUGAACGGGAAAUGCCACACCUGAGCUUAUCCAAUCAGGAGUUAGAGGUUGUAACCUCUCUGCAUACAGAAGCGCUAGCGAUGACAUUGUGCUGUCAGCAACAGAAAGCUCAGGACCUGCGUGACGCCUGCCAGCAAGAACUACAGAAACGUGAGGAGCAAAUUCAUUGUCUGCUCUCGCUGUCAAGUGUAUCUCACAGCAAGAAACAACUGCCCUAAGGGUUUAUGAAAUGGCAGCAAUGGUAAAGGAAUUGGCCUCAUAUCAGCUGCAGAGAAAUAAAAGGCGUGUUUGUGUGCAAGCAGGUGUGACGGAGGCAGGAGUUUCUCUUGUUCCGGUUAUACCGCAUGCCUCAGUGGCAGCAUUCUGUGGUAUGACACAUAGUGCCAAGGCCCGUCCUCAGCAUGCUGUAUAGUGUCACAACAUGGGUGACAGCCGUGCCCACGUGCCAAAGCUCAUUCUUCUUUAUGGGAAACUUUUACACAAGACUUUUUUUUACUAAAAAUAUGGGUUUUAAAUAUUUCAGAGGUACAGAGAAAUGUUUUUUUUUGUAUAACGCUUUUAAGCAUGUCUUUAUUUUGUUUAUACAAUCUUAUUUUCAA